AUGUAGACGAGAAUCUGUCUUCUGUUCUGUAGCUGAACAGAAAACGGACAGUUUUUAGUGAAAAUGAAAAAUGUCUGAUGCUGAAGAUUCUUAUCCUUUGCAUGAAUGUGUGUUUACUGGUGAUGUUAGGAAAUUGUCAGCUCUAAUUCGAACUCAGGAUGUUGCAAAACGGGACAAACAUGGUAACACUGCUCUACACCUCGCUGUUAUGCUGGGCCGAAAAGAAUGCGUUCACUUAUUAUUGGCGCAUGGAGCUCCUGUCAAGGUAAAAAAUUUGGCCGGAUGGAGUCCAUUGGCAGAAGCUAUAAGUUAUGGAGAUCGGCAAACUAUCCUAUCUCUAGUGAGAAAACUGAAACAACAGGCCAGAGAACAGAUGGAGGAGCGAAGGCCUAAUCUAGUUGCAGCUUUAAACCAAAUGGGAGAUUUCUAUAUGGAAUUGAAGUGGGACUUCCAAAGUUGGGUUCCUCUAGUGUCGCGCAUCCUCCCGUCGGACAUCUGUCGCAUUCACAAGAAAGGCUCGUCGAUUAGAUUGGACACAACUCUGGUGGACUUCAAUGAUAUGCGCUGGGAGCGGGGCGACAUCAGCUUCCUCUUCAAUGGAGAUGUCAAGCCUAGUCAGUCGCUCACUGUGCUCGAUAAUAGGGCGAGCCUAUACCAGCGAGUGAGAUACGAGGAGACAGAGAUGGAGAUAGAAGACGAGGUGGACAUUCUGAUGAGUAGUGACAUCAUGGCCGCUCAGAUGUCAACUAAAUCGAUCAUGUUCUCACGGGCACAGUCUGGCUGGAUUUUCAGGGAGGAUAGGAAGGAAAUGGUUGGCUCGUUCCAUUCGGAAUUCUACGUUAUAAACGGAAUGGUGCUCGAAUCUCGUAAACGGCGGGAACAUUUGUCCGAAGAAGACCUACAGAAAAACAAAGCCAUAAUGGAGAGCUUAACUAAAGGAAACACACAGGGUCUAGAUAGUAAUGGCGAAUUGUUGCAGCCGAUGCGCCGAUCGUCACUGACUCCUCCGCCCUGCAGACAGGUGACGUGGCAGGAGUACAUAGACGCGCCCGUGCCAGGGGAGCACCCUCUUCUGGGCCGCGAACUAGUGCACAAGGAGACCAGCAAAGUAUUCAAGGCCACCGUUGCCAUGAGUCCCGACUUCCCGCUAUCAGUCGACAUGCUACUGAAUGUGCUGGAAGUGAUCGCACCGUUCAAGCACUUCAGCAAGCUCAGGGAAUUUGUACAGAUGAAACUCCCACCUGGGUUCCCGGUCAAAAUCGAUAUACCCAUUCUACCGACUGUCACUGCCAAAAUAACAUUCCAAGAAUUCAGUUUUCGCAGUGACAUCAGUCCCGACCUUUUCGAAAUACCAGAACAUUACAUAGAAGAUCCAAACAGCGGGAAUAGUGAUCGGACUGAGAAGGAGAAGUUUUUGUCUCAUGCAUGCGUCUGUAUGUGAUUGGUUUCCUCGAUUGUGAUUGGCUAGAAUACAAUGCAAUGUUUUCCACGUCUGUGAUUGGCUAAAACAUACACCCACACAAACAACACUCUAUUGCUAAAGUCUCUGAAACGAAUAGGAUUCCCCGACUUAUGACGUCCGGAGCAGGUGACACUAGUUGAGUGGACCACUCAGCCCCACACUGACACACUGACCCACCCUUACCCACUCGCCCACCAGCUGGCCGUUGAGUUCCCACUCGGCUGCUCGCACCCAGUGCUGUGUCUCGACCAUCACACCCUCAUCAACCAUCUACAGGCUGUCGGUCCCAUUUAAAUCCCACCCUCUCCCACUCUAGACCCACUCUAUGGGUCGUUUAUACCCAUAAACCUAACUCAAACCCCACCUAA